AUGUCAUAUGACGACAAAUAUAGACAUUUCUCCAUGGCAAAGAUGAGACAAGUUUUAAAUAUUUACAAUAACCGUAAACAAAAAGGUUUGGGAAAACUCCCCCGAAGAAAUGAAAAACAACCCGACUUAGAGAAAGACUAUAUAUUUAAUAGUUUAGUCAAAAGAGACAAACAAGAAAGAAUGCCAGGCUUCAAACUUAAGAAAGGUGACAAAGUAAAAAUAGAAAUACCUAAACGCGACCCAUAUGAAAAUACUAUUGACUAUGACAACAAUGGGAACUCGACAGGUACUCACAUUCGUGUUCGUAAAAAUAGAAGAAAGUAUACAAGAGAAUAUUAUGAAGUUUUAGGCAAACAUGGCAAAAUGUACACACUGCAAGCAGAAGAUAAAACUACUAUUGUCAGACCUCGUUUCAAACUUGUCAAAGUUCAAGGUGGUAUACUUUCAAAGACAGUUCCUAACAAAUAUAAGACAACUCCUGACGAAUAUGCUAAAGAAGUUGAAAAUGACGACUAA